AUGAAGGCGGCGCAGGAGCUCGAGGUGGCCGUGCCUGUGGGGCUUGUGGUCCUUUUGCUCGUGUUUGUCUGCGUGGCGCUCUUGUGUCACGGCGUGAACCCUCUCCGCGUGCUGCGUUCGUCGUUCAAAGUGCCUCGACGCGCACAUGGUACGCUCUCGGGCUCAGACGGAGAGCGCGAGGCGCUGCUCGCAGUGGACCGUAAAACCCGGGUCCGAUAUACCGGUAAAGUGCCGCUGUAUACCGACACGAUCGCAGAGCUGGCGAGGUGCGAGACCCCGCGCGAGAUCGAAGCGUUCAUUAAGGUGAUCAAUGUCCACCGGCUGCUGAACUCGAGCGUCAAAGCGCAGCACUUUGCGCAGUUUUGCAGCUCGCGCUUGGAGCUGUCGGCUCUGAGUGUGGCUACGCUCGCGACGAUCAUUUUGUCGCUGCAGAAGUUUGCAGCUGAGCCGAUCGUCGUCACGUGUGUCCGGGACUGUUUCUGUGCCAAGCGAGACGUGGCGUGUUUGCAGCUCAAGGACGAGGUGGACGCCAAGUUCCCCAUGUUCGACUUGAUCUACCACCGCAUCCGGUCCGACGUGGACCGAGAAGCGAUUUUGACCCAUUUUGAGACGGAGGCGAUGGCACUGCGGACGUCUUCGACGUUUUUCGUUCCAAUGAAGCUGCUGUGCGAUAUCGACGAUACAAUGCUGGCUGCUCUCUUUGACACGCGGUAUCCAGAGCUGACAGUGUACCCAGGUGUCCACCAGUUCGCUCAGGAAUUGCUUCGGCGGUCAGCGUCGAACUCUACGAAUGGUGUUGACGACGACCACAGCGAUAGUUGCGAAGACCUCGAAAGCGGCAGGUCCAGGGAAUGCAAAACCGUGCAACGCGUGGCCUUCCUCACUGCCAGGCCUGAGUUUUUGCGCAAACGGUCAUUGCAAGAGCUCCGAGCAUGCGGCUUCCAGCACUUUACUCUCUUGAUGGGUCGUUUUACAAGCAUGUGGGGCUCGCAACGCAUUGCGUCAGGGAAAGCUUCGGGUGAGCGACGAGCUACAAAGUCUGAGGGUCUACGUACGUUGCUGACAGCGUUUGCUUUGCAGAACUUUGUGCGGUACAAGCGAGUCUUUGCCGAGCACCAGUUUGUCUUUGUCGGCGACAAUGGUCAGGGCGAUAUUGAUCUUGGCAAGGAGCUGCUAAGGAGUCCCCAUCUGUACGCUGUGUCCGCCGUGCUGAUCCACGACGUGAUUCGCAAUCAUGCCAUGAACAAAGCGCUGAGCCAGCACUGCUAUCGAGGUAUCGAGUGCAACCAGAGCGGCAUUCACUCCUUCCGCACGUACAUUGGUGCGAGUUUCCACCUUUAUGCGAUUGGCCUCCUACCGCUGGCCGCGGUCAUCCGCGUGGUGGAAAAAACGGCGCUGGCGUACGCGGCCAUCGUGUUCGACACGCGCGACCAGAAGCAGAACCUUGCACAAGAGAUCCUGUUUGACGUGGCCGCUGUAGUGAACGAGCUGCCUGAUCAGCAGGCCAUGGCACUGGUGUCCUCGCUUCACGACGACAUUGUGGACAAGGGAGACGACAGCGAGCCAAACGGUAGUGUCGAGCGGAAGCAGUUCCGACUGACGCGGGAGGAGCAGCUUCAACAGCGACUAGAGGCCGUACGAAAAAGCGCUGCGCACCUCUCGCGGUCGCCGUCUCAUGGUCCGUAUAAAGCAGAAAGCUAA